UGAGGGCAGAGCCAGCUGCCAGCCAGGCCGGUCCGUCCUCCAGGGGACCCCGCGCAGUGCAGGUAAGCGGGGCCGCGUCUGCUUCAGUGACACCAGGGUGAGGCCAGGCCUGCAGCUUCUCACGUUCUCACUAUGUCUGCUCCGGACGAAGGGAGACAGGAUCCCCCCAAACCGAAGGGCAAGACCCUGGGCAGCUUCUUUGGGUCCCUGCCUGGCUUCAGCUCUGCCCGGAACCUGAUGGCCAAUGCGCAUAGCUCGGCGAGAGCCCGGCCGGCCGCUGAUCCCACAGGAGUGCCUGCUGCCGAGGCUGCUCAACCACAGGCUCAGGUGGCUGCCCACCCAGAGCAGACGGCCCCAUGGACGGAGAAGGAGCUGCAACCUUCGGAAAAGGAGAUGGUGUCUGGGGCCAAAGACCUGGUGUGUUCCAAGAUGUCCAGGGCCAAGGAUGCCGCGUCCUCCGGGGUGGCCAGCAUGGUGGACACGGCUAAGGGAGUGGUCCAGGGAGGCCUGGACACCACUCGGUCUGCACUCACGGGCACCAAGGAGGCGGUGUCCAGUGGGGUCACAGGAGCCAUGGACAUGGCUAAGGGGGCCGUCCAAGGGGGUCUGGAAACCUCAAAGGCUGUCCUCACCGGCACCAAGGACACAGUGUCCACUGGGCUCACGGGGGCAGUGAAUGUGGCCAAAGGGACCGUACAGGCCGGUGUGGACACCGCCAAGACUGUGCUGACCGGCACCAAAGACACAGUGACUACUGGGGUCAUGGGGGCAGUGAACUUGGCCAAAGGGACUGUCCAGACUGGCGUGGAAACCUCCAAGGCUGUGCUGACCGGCACCAAAGAUGCUGUGUCCACUGGGCUUACAGGGGCAGUGAAUGUGGCCAGAGGAACCAUUCAGACCGGUGUGGACACCAGUAAGACUGUCCUAACAGGUACCAAGGACACUGUCUGCAGUGGGGUGACCGGUGCCAUGAACGUGGCCAAAGGAACCAUCCAGACCGGCAUGGAUACCACCAAGACUGUCCUAACCGGUACCAAGGAUACUGUCUGCAGUGGGGUGACCGGUGCCAUGAACUUGGCCAAAGGGGCUGUCCAGGGGGGCCUGGAUACCACAAAGUCUGUGGUCAUGGGUACGAAAGACACGGUGUCCACUGGGCUCACAGGGGCAGCGAAUGUGGCCAAGGGGGCCGUGCAAACUGGGCUGAACACAACCCAAAAUAUCGCAACAGGUACAAAGGAUACCGUCUGUAGUGGGAUAACUGGUGCCAUGAACUUGGCCAGAGGAACCAUCCAGACAGGCAUGGACACCACCAAGACUGUUCUAACAGGUACCAAGGACACUGUCUGCAGUGGGGUGACCGGUGCCAUGAACGUGGCCAAAGGGGCCGUCCAGGGGGGCCUGGACACUACCAAGUCUGUGGUCAUAGGUACGAAAGACACAGUGUCGACUGGGCUCACAGGGGCAGCGAAUGUGGCCAAGGGGGCCGUCCAGACGGGUGUAGACACAGCCAAGACCGUGCUGACCGGCACUAAGGACACAGUGACUACUGGGCUCAUGGGGGCAGUGAAUGUUGCCAAAGGGACCGUCCAGACAGGCAUGGACACCACCAAGACUGUGCUGACCGGUACCAAGGACACCGUCUGCAGUGGGGUGACUGGUGCCACAAACGUGGCCAAGGGGGCCGUCCAGGGGGGCCUGGACACUACGAAGUCUGUCCUGACUGGCACUAAAGACACCGUGUCCACUGGGCUCACAGGGGCUGUAAAGUUGGCCAAAGGGACUGUCCAGACCGGCGUGGACACCACCAAGACUGUCCUAACCGGUACCAAGGACACCGUCUGCAGUGGAGUCACCGGUGCCAUGAACGUGGCCAAGGGGGCUGUGCAAACUGGGCUGAAAACGACCCAAAAUAUCGCGACAGGUACAAAGAACACCCUUGGCAGUGGGGUGACCAGUGCUGUGAACGUGGCCAAAGGGGCUGCCCAGACAGGUGUAGACACGGCCAAGACCGUGCUGACCGGCACUAAGGACACAGUCACUACUGGGCUCAUGGGGGCAGUGAAUGUUGCCAAAGGGACCGUCCAGACAGGCGUGGACACCACCAAGAUUGUGCUGACCGGUACCAAGGACACCGUCUGCAGUGGGGUGACCGGUGCCAUGAACGUGGCCAAAGGGGCCGUCCAGGGGGGCCUGGACACUACGAAGUCUGUCCUGACUGGCACUAAAGACACCGUGUCCACUGGGCUCACAGGGGCUGUGAACUUGGCCAAAGGGACUGUCCAGACCGGCGUGGAUACUACCAAGACUGUGCUGACCGGUACCAAGGACACCGUCUGCAGUGGGGUGACUGGUGCUGCAAAUGUGGCCAAAGGGGCCGUCCAGGGGGGCCUGGACACUACAAAGUCUGUCUUAACUGGCACUAAAGACACCGUGUACACUGGGCUCACAGGGGCUGUGAAGUUGGCCAAAGGGACUGUCCAGACCGGCAUGGACACCACCAAGACUGUCCUAACUGGCACCAAGGACACCGUCUGCAGUGGAGUGACUGGUGCCGUGAACGUGGCCAAAGGGGCCGUCAAGGGGGGCCUGGACACUACCAAGUCUGUGGUCAUGGGUACGAAAGACACAGUGUCCACCGGGCUCACGGGGGCAGCGAAUGUGGCCAAGGGGGCCGUCCAGACGGGUGUAGACACAGCCAAGACUGUGCUGACUGGCACUAAGGACACAGUGACUACUGGGCUCCUGGGGGCAGUGAAUGUUGCCAAAGGGACCAUCCAGACAGGCAUGGACACCACCAAGACUGUGCUGACCGGCACCAAGGACACCGUCUGCAGUGGGGUAACCGGUGCCACAAACGUGGCCAAGGGGGCCGUCCAGGGGAGCCUGGACACUACGAAGUCUGUCCUGACUGGCACUAAAGACACCGUGUCCACUGGGCUCACAGGGGCUGUGAAGAUGGCCAAAGGGACUGUCCAGACUGGCGUGGACACCACCAAGACUGUCCUAACCGGUACCAAGGACACCGUCUGCAGUGGGGUGACCAGUGCUGCAAAUGUGGCCAAAGGGGCCGUCCAGGGGGGCCUGGACACUACAAAGUCUGUCUUAACUGGCACUAAAGACACCGUGUCCACUGGGCUCACAGGGGCUGUGAAGUUGGCCAAAGGGACUGUCCAGACCGGCAUGGACACCACCAAGACUGUCCUAACCGGUACCAAGGACACCGUCUGCAGUGGAGUCACUGGUGCCGUGAACGUGGCCAAAGGGACCAUCCAGACAGGUGUGGACACAGCCAAGACGGUGCUGAGUGGCACUAAGGAUGCAGUGACUACUGGAGUCAUGGGGUCAGUGAACGUGGCCAAAGGAACCGUGCAGACUGGAGUGGACACCUCCAAGGCUGUGCUUAUGGGUACCAAGGACACUGUCUGCAGUGGGGUUACCGGUGCCAUGAGCAUGGCCAAAGGCGCCGUCCAGGGGGGCCUGGACACCACCAAGACAGUGCUGACCGGAACCCAAGACGCAGUGUCCGCUGGGCUCAUGGGGUCGGGGAACGUGGCGACAGGGGCCAUCCACACUGGCCUCAGCACCUUCCAGAAUUGGUUACCUAGUACCCAGGCCACCUCCUGGGGUGGACUCACCAGUUCCAGGACCACAGACAAUGGUGGGGAGCAGACUGCCCUGAGCCCCCGAGAGGCCCCGUUCUCUGGCGUCUCCAGGCCCCCAGAUGUGUUCAGUGUAGGCCCAGAGCCUGCCUGGGAAGCCGCAGCCACUACCAAGGGCCUUGCAACUGACGUGGCGACGUUCACCCAAGGGGCCGCCCCACGCAGGGAGGACACGGGGCCCUUGGCCACCACACAUGGCCCCGAAGAAGCCCCACGUUUGGCAUUGCUGCGGAAUGAGUUGGAGGGGCUGGGGGACAUCUUCCACCCCAUGAAUGCAGAGGAGCAAGCUCAGCUGGCUGCCUCCCAGCCCGGGCCAAAGGUGCUGUCGGCGGAACAGGGGAGCUAUUUUGUUCGUUUAGGUGACCUGGGUCCCAGCUUCCGCCAGCGGGCAUUUGAACACGCGGUGAGCCACCUGCAGCAUGGCCAGUUCCAAGCCAGGGACACUCUGGCCCAGCUCCACGACUGCUUCAGGCUGAUUGAAAAGGCACAGCAGGCUACUGAAGGGCAGCCGUGUCUGGACCAGGGCUCAGGUGCCAGUGUGGAGGACGCUGCUGUCCAGGAGGAGCGGGAUGCCGGGGUUCUGUCCAGGGUCUGCGGCCUUCUCCGGCAGCUGCACACGGCCUACAGUGGCCUGGCCUCCAGCCUCCAGGGCCUGCCCGCCGAGCUCCAGCAGCCGGUGGGGCGGGCGCGGCACAGCCUCUGUGCGCUCUAUGGCAUCGUGGCCUCGGCCGGCUCUGUGGAGGAGCUGCCUGCAGAUCGGCUGGUGCAGAGCCGCGAGGGUGUGCACCAGGCGUGGCAGGGGUUAGAGCAGCUGCUGGAGGGCCUACAGCACAACCCCCCGCUCAGCUGGCUGGUAGGGCCCUUCACCUUGCCCCCUGGCGGGCAGCAGCUGUAGGAGCCUGCAGGCCCAGCGUGGAGUCGCCCUGCUCUGCCCAGGGAGGAGCUGCCUCAGAACCUUCUCCCCGCCCCCAACCCUGGAUCGGUUCCCUAAAGCCCUAGACCUUUGGGGCUGCAGCUGGCUGAGCACCGAGAGGCUGCGGAGGCAGUGACCUUCUGAACUGAGCCACCCCACGCCCUGCUCCGGGCCUGCCUGCACCUCCCACCUCCUCCCCAGCGCUGCCUGCCCCUCUCGGAGCCUGGGGUCACUCAGACCGCCAGCCAAGAGCCUUCCCUUGAAGUCCCCAAGCGAGCACUGCAAUUAGGAAAGAGAAAAAGCAGCGUACCCAGCCUGGAAGGGCAUCCGUUUGCCCGGCUAGCAACCCUUUUAUAUCUAGCAGGGCUCUUCCAGUCCUGCAGCAUGGGCCCCCAGCUAUCAGCGGUGCAGGCAAUGCUGUGGCAUCCCAGGCUCCGGGCAGCUCCGUCCUCAUGCUGAAAGUGGGUCUCUGGCCUUAGCACACCUUGAGGGUCUUAAGAACCACAUUCCCUCAUAGUAGAAGGUACUAGAAAAUGUGACACUGUCAUCAUCAUCCCAAGGCAGGCUGCUACUGCCUUUGCUGACCCUCGGGGUGGCCUCACGGUGGGGACAAAGCUGCCAGGAGCCACAGCAGCCACAGCUGGGGCUUUGCACCAGCCUGGCUUGAGACUGCGUAGUUUGCAGGGGGUGGGGGGGUGCAAAAACAAGCAAACAGGCUGCUUCUGCCUCCAGCCGCCCACCACAGGCCUGUCCCGGGCACCUGGGGCUCUGAGGCCCCUGGGGAGGCUGGGCCCAGCGGCUGCCCCUGGAGAACACAGACAAAGGACCUCCCCGCAGGGGAACUGUGCCCUAUGGAGGGAUCAGACAGGGCUGGGAACAGCCACAGAGGCUGCGUGCCUGUGAAACAGCCCCUCCUCUGCCGCACACUCCCCCUGGGUCCUCAGGCCCACCCAAGUGCCGGGCUGCAGAGGAACCGGGGCUGGGGAGGCUGCAGGCAUCAGAGACACUGGCGGCAGCGGACCCACCCGCCAGGCAAGGCCGCCUGACCCCGUGCUCUCAGGCUGGCCCAGGUCGUGGAGGCUGGCAGGCUCAGGUCGGGUGUGAGAAGUGCCGUGGCUGCACUCAGUCCAGCGGGGAGGAGCCGUUCAGCCCGGCCUCCCCAGGAAGCCAUAUCCCCACUCGCCCGGUAAGAGAACCUUGCUGUCCCCUUUCCAUGCUCUCCUAGGACACGAGCCCAGCAACCCCAGACCCAGGGGGAGGAAGGGUGGAGGGGCUGCUGGCCCCCGGGGGUCACCGUGCGCACCAGGGGCCGUGAGGGGCCGGGGCAUUCAGCUCAGCUCUGAAACAGGGAAGCUGGCCCGGCAGGGACAGCCUCAGGUGACAGGCCGUGAGAGGGGACGGGUCCGGAGCCUUCCCGAGCCUUCUCCUCUGCCCGACACCCAUGGCCAUCGGAGGCUAGGAUGCCAGACACAGCCAUUUGCAGAAAUCAGGCACAGUGACUGCAGCUCACGUCCAGCCAACCAAGCAUGCGGCUGCAGCUCAGGAAGUCCCUUCCCGCCACACCACAGCCUAAUUCUUACUGGGACGGAGGCAACUCGGCUACGCUGGGCAGGAAGACAAACACGAGACGCCACUGUGGAAUGAGCAACUUCGGAGCACGGGGUGACUUGCUAGGGACCGUGCCCACGUGACAGUCCCUUAUGCAGAGGAGGAAAGAGAAGCCCCGAGUGGGAGGGCAACCUGUCCAAAGUCACACGGUGCAUGGGUGACAGAGCUGGGGUGAGUCGAGGCUGGCCCCUGAGGCCCAUGUUCCUUGAACGCUGGAGACUACUGUCAGCUAGCAGUGGCCCUCAGGGAAGGCCUGGUCUCCACCCUCCCAGCCUAGCCUCGGGGGCCCUCGCCCUCCCCACAUCUGACCUGCUCACCUGCCUGGACCCUGGGCUGCCAGAUGCGGAAAGCAUCAAACCCCCCAGCCUCGUGGGUGAGGGGCGGGGCGCAGGCAGCACAGCUUAGAUGCCCUGGUUUGUUCCUCUUGUCUCUUCCUGCCCAGCUCUCCCGCCACCGGCCUUUCAGGGUUGGGCUGGGCCCAGAGUGCCUUUUAGUCGCUUCUUACGGUGGCCCGAUGGCUCAACCCAGUCCCAAACAGGCCCAGUGAUGCUGCCGACUGCUCCCCAGCUCAGGCCCCCACUGCAUGAGCACUGCUAGAAAACCAAGCCAAUAAAAGUGAUUUCUUUUUUCAU